CGAAGUGCACAAGCUGCCGGCGGCUCAAAAUCAAGUGCGAUCUCGUCCGUUCGACAUGUGAGUACUGUGCUGCCACUUCACGUAGCUGUGUCUACGAGCUACUGGCCCUGAUACCUGUUUCAGCCACUGAGCCAAAGAUAACACCACUUGAAAAACAAAUGGCAUUUGUAUUUGAAGGAAUAUCACAAUCAGCACCCACGAUCCCGGCUUACAAGGAAACUCCACAGAGAAUAGCAGAGUUGCUGGUGCCUGAGACGAAUGGUUGGGCACAACCGUCCGUUUCUUCUCUUAGCCCUGAUGAUUCAAAGGAGUCACUUUUAGCGUUAAUUGCCUAUGAAGCUGGGUUCCCCAGCAGUACGGACGCCUCUAGUGGUACGUAUACAGAUAAUGAUGAGCUAGUCUUUGACACGGAUUCUGCUGGUGGGUUCUCGCCUUUUCGGUCCCUGGACCUAUCACCUAAUAACCUUGAUGAAACUUGGUUUGCCCCAAGCACACCGUUGUCGUACCCUGAUGUAUGGGCGUCUCUGGCCACGAUGACACUCAAUUCCAUGAUGACACAUCUCAACAUCGACUGGUUCGAGUAUCGUCUUCUUACAUUCUUCCAUAUGCAUGUUCUCGAGAGCCGAUUUGAAUGCAACCAUUUUGAUAUAAGCAUGAGACUGCAACUGCUGCACGCGUUCAUCAGGUCGCCUACAUUCCGCCAGGUUGUAUACCUUUAUGCUAGUUUCCAGUUAUACUCGUUGUGUGACGAGCAAAAGUUGGAAACUAUGGGAUUUAACGAUAUGUGUCUUCGGUUGGCUGCAAACUCGGAGAACUUGGGGAACUUGGGGACUUCCAGUCGUACAUUGGUACCACAUUCCAACAGGGUAUUCAAAGAGCUUCUAGAACUUUUGAACGGCAUGGGGGGAUACUUGGAGAAAGACCAUGGGGAUAAUGGUGUUGUCACCAAGGGAAUCGUCAAAUCUGGUCAGCUGGUGCUUUACCGCAAGAUCUUGGAAUACUUUCAAAGCACUCUACAGUCGUCCUACGACCAGAUCAUGAAACUUGUUUCCAAUCCGGUAUUGGAAGUGGAUGAGGCGUUGCUGCUUAUUCUUGGAAACAUCUUUUUCUUCUGCUUCCUUUUUUCACAGCCAUUCGGGUUCCUUCCACUCUACCUGCCCAAUGAUGAGCCUGACAUCGUUGGAUUUGUGGGGAACUUGAGGUGGGCAUUCAUCCCGUCAUUCUACGCACUUGAGCAUGGGGAGUUUAACAAGGUGUUGGUGUUCUGCGAAUUACGUCCACCCAAAGAUGCAGACGAGUUUUACGGAUAUUAUGUUUUCAGUGAUUACCCUAUCGUGGCAGAGUUGAACCGCCAAUUGAAGCAGUGCUUCAAGGAUGGAACCGUCUCGGAACCCGAGUUUUUCAGCUACCGAGCAACGUUGCAAAAGUUGGACAGGUCCUUCUUGGCUAUGGUGGACAACAAUCUCGCCUCGUGUAUAUUCAGGUGGUUGUUCAUGUUCAGGGAAUCUGUCUUCGGGUUUAUCAGGGAAGGGAAAUUCUUUGCCCAUAAGCUCUUGUUCUACUACUCGUGCUUGUCGUAUUGGACUGGAAUUAUGGGUGUACGGGGCACAGGUGUAGGUGCGGGUCUCAAAUGUCCCGUGAUCGAAGAUUAUUUACAGUACUAUCGCCAGUAUAUUUUUACAAGAUUCGGGAAGUGGGAUGAUCCACGGGACGAGGCUUCGUACAACUUGGUGAUUAAGUAUCGGUAUGUCUUGUCGCUUGUCGAUGUGAAGAAUGUAGUAGAGUUUAGGCCCGAGGUGGCGCUCCGUGCCAUUGAGCAAUUAGAAAAUAGUGGUGGUGAUGUUCAGGCCUUUACCAAGCCGGAGCAAACGGUGUACUGAUGGGGUUGGGUGUUUGAUGUUGUACUUGUUAAUAGUGUGUACUGAAUUGCGAAUUCUAGUAGUAUAUUUGCAAAUGCUGCGAAUUUGAAAUACUCGAAAAACUACUGGCUCGUGAGAUAUCGAUGUACAAACGUCUUUUUACGGCCGGCUCGAGGUUUCGCCUCCUAACACUUAGCACAUUGGCUACUACGGCCACAAUAUAUGCUCACACCAACAAAUCCCUGAUUUUAGCUGACUCAAUUCAACCUCCAACCCAAUCUGAUCGCGAUAAGCCAGAGUUAACCUCAUACCACCAAUUUCGUCAGAUCUCUUCAAAUGAGCUCGCUGAACACUCUACCCGCGAGUCUCAGGUAUGGGUGGCUAUCAAUUCCAAGGUGUAUGACUUGACAGAUUUCAUGGCCAUGCACCCCGGUGGUCCUAGCAUUAUCAUGAAAUAUGCUGGAAAAGAUGCUUCAAAAUUGUUUAAUAGACUUCAUCCACUGAAUGUGAUCGAGACAUUCCUCGAUGAAGCCCAUGUGGUUGGUGAGAUUGAUAUGCCACCGGAUUCUGCCAUCAGUGAAGAGGAAAUUAUUGCUGAAAAACUUAGAAUAGAGAACUUGAAAAGACUUCCCAAAGUCAACCAAAUCUACAACAUCAACGAUUUCGAGGCAGUGGCUCGUGCGGUGUUGCCCCCACACGCCUGGGCAUACUACAACGGUGGAUCUGACGACGAGGUCACCAUGAGAGAGAACCACUAUGCGUUCCACAAAUUUUUCUUUCUUCCCAAGAUUCUUGUGGACGUGAGAAACGUGGAUAUCUCCACCACCAUGUUGGGCACCAAGACCAGCGCCCCGUUCUAUUGCUCUGCCGCUGCGUUGGCCCAACUAGGACACCCUGACGGUGAAUUGAGUAUCUCCCGAGGAUGUGGAACUGAGGAUGUCAUACAAAUGAUCUCAUCAACCGCUUCAUACUCGUUUGACGAAAUUCUUGACGAGACCAAACCUGGUCAGAGUCACUGGUUCCAGUUAUAUGUCAAGCCAGAUAGAAAACAUUCGAUUGAAAUGCUCAAAAAGUGUGCAGAACGCAAUGUUAAAGGUAUAUUUGUAACUGUUGAUACACCAAUGUUAGGAAAACGGGAAAAGGAUUUCAAAUUUAGGUACGGAGAAGAUGGUCCUAACGACGAUGAUGACCCCAUCACUAGCUACGAUGACCCGGGGCUCACUUGGGCCGAUAUUGAUGCUUUUAAGAAGGUUUCCGAUAUACCUAUUGCCAUUAAAGGUGUCCAGCGCUCAGAAGACGUUCUUCUUGCGGUAGAACAUGGGGUGGAUGCCGUGGUGUUGUCAAACCAUGGAGGCCGACAGUUGGACUUUUCUAGAGCACCUGUUGACGUGUUGGCCGAAGUUAUGCCCAUUUUGAGGGCUAAGAAUUUGGAUAAGAAGAUUGAAAUCUACAUCGAUGGAGGUAUUCGCAGAGGAACCGACGUUAUCAAGGCCCUAUGUUUAGGUGCCAAAGGUGUUGGUUUGGGCCGAGCCUUCUUGUACGCUAAUUCAUGCUAUGGGGAAGAAGGAGUGAAAAAAGCGGUCCAGUUGUUGAAACACGAGAUAGCUUUGAACAUGAAGUUCAUGGGAGUGACAAAAAUCGAAGACUUAAAUUCAAGCAUGAUAGAAAAACGGGAUUCCUAUGGGUUCCACAGAGAUAGCAUCUAUGAUGCCAAUUAUGAGACCAUGAGGCCAAUAGGUUUGAAGGAUAUCCCCACUAAUUAAUGGUUUCUUAUAGAUUUGAUAGAGAGCUUAAAAGUAGUUGAGUUUACUUGGUAAAAUAACGUUAUUUAUUUGAAAACACACUUAUUCACUUUUGUAAAACACUUAAAUACUUCCCUGGAAAUGCUUCAACUCAUCAGUAGCAAAAUCGUAAACCUCCCGACCUUCAAAGUAGGUUUUGUACACCACGGUGUCAGCAAUAGUUUCAGCAGUCGUCAAAUCUCUGUCCAAAAUCACAAAGUUGGCCAACUUCCCAGACUCAAUGGUCCCUUCAGUAGUAUCUCUGGAAGUGGCUUCGGCACCGUUGAUGGUAACCAUCUUGAUGACUUCCUCUCUGGUCAUAUCCCAGCCAUGUUUGUUUUCAGUCAACGCUUGAAGACCAGGGAAAAUGUUGGGAGUAUCUGGAGCAAACACCCAGUCAGAACCAAUGGUUAACAAGGCCCCAUACUUCUUCAAAUGGUUGAACGGAUACACACUCUUGGGGUUGGUUUCGGGCUGGAAGUCAGGAUCGUGCCAAAUGGCAGGACUCAUUUCCGCGGUGAUGUUCAAGUCCUUAUACCGUUUACAAUCUUCUUCGGUGACAUCCAUGUUAUGGGCCAACUCGUGCUUGGGGCCGUUAGGGUUCUUCUUCCUCAAGGCCUCAAAACAGUCCAAGGCAAACCGGGCCGAACCUUGUCCACAAACAUGAACCUUACAGACUCUUCCUUCUGAAUCAAAUCUCUCAAUGUACUUCUUGAAAGUCUCUUGUGGAAUCAACAACCGGUUGUAGUCUACUUUCCCGUCUUCGGUCAAAGGGGUAUGGGUUUCAUGAGGGUGCCAUGGCACACCAUCGAUCCAACACUUGGUGAACAUGGGAUUGAAAUGCUUACUUUUGUAGUCCUUUGCGUUCCACAAGGUGUGGUGCAAAGAACCAACGCUCUCCUGAGGAAAUGCACCAACCCCGUAAAACACAACGUGCGCAUCCAAGUUGAUGGUCAUCUUGCCUUGUUUCUCCAACUGCUGAGCGGCUUCCAAGUAAAUGGUGUUGGCCGAAGCUUCCUGGACGGCAGUAAAUCCAAAUCUAUUGGACAUCUUAACUCCGUACUCCAAGGCCGUGACAUUAUCUUCGAGUCUACCUUUGGGAAUUGAGUUAAACAACCGAGUAGCGGCACCUUCUACAAGCUCUCCGGUGAUGGUACCAUCUUCUCUUCUGACGUAAUAGCCGUCCCAUGGGUCAACUGGGUUUUCCUCGUACCCAGCAGCUCUCAAAGCGGCGGAGUUGGCAAAGAUGUUGUGAGUGGUAUACUCUCUAAUGACAACGGGCUGGUCACCGAACGCCUCGUCCAAGAACUUACGGUCGGGCUUCUUGUCGUCGAACUGGGCGUAGUGGUAGAAGUUUCCAAUCAACCAGUUGGAGACGGUGUUCAAAUGAGCACACGCACCAUGGCUAUACUCUUUGAAUUGCUCAACAAUUUCUUUAGGAGUAGAGUAGACUCCGAGCUUGGCCUCAAAGAGCUUUUCUUUUGAGGCCAUCAACAAGUGACAAUGGGCAUCGUGCAUUCCAGGCAUGACGAAUUGGCCCUUUAAAUCGAUUACUGUCAUUCCUGAAGCAAUCAGCUUGAUUUCCUCGGUGGCGCCGACCUUGGAAAAAGUCCCAUCGUCACUGACAAUGAAGGCUUCGGCUUUGGGGAGUUUGUCGUCCACCGUGUGAACAUUUCCGUUAAUGUACGCAGUUGGCAUUGAAUGGGUUUGGUGUUUGUGGAUGCCAAUUUUUUAUGUUUGUGGAUCAUGACAAACGUGUAUAGUUAAAUACUCAUGUAUCCCCAACAUGGACAUUUGACCCCUAAUCCACAAACCUGAUCCAGAUAGGCACCAGAAUCUAGCUUAUGGAUCGCUUAUCUCAACAAAUACAAAAGUGCCAGUUUUAGUGUUUUACGGACAAAUGAUGCUUGUUUGGACUCAUUGGGGAACUUUGUCCACUGGGGGAUGAUAAGAUAAACCUG